CAAACAAACCCGGGACUAAACCCACCCCCGCACGCCUCCCGUAUAUAUCCACGCGGCGACCCCAAUCCGCCCCCCUCCUGUGAUCGGUCGAUCGUGCCCCCCGUGCCGUGCCAAAAAGCGGUCAGGCGAGCGAGCGAGCGCGCUGGCGUCCUCCAUCCUCGGCGAGGGCUCUGGGGCAGCGGCGGCGGCGACCGGGAGCGCGCCGAUGGAUCGCUGCCGGAAGCGGCCCGACUCCGACCCCGAGGGCUCCGGGGAGCCCGAGCCCCCCGCCGAUAAGCGGCCCUGCACGGCGGAACCCUCGACCUCCGCGGCCGCGGCCGCGGCUCCUCCCCCGCGGGCGGAGCAGGGCGGCUCGGAUAUGGACACCUCGUCGUCCGGCCACGCCGGCGACGCUGAUGCAGACGCGGAUGACGGGGACGGCGAUGGCGAUGGGGAUGGGGACGGGGACGGCGGGUCGUCGUGCGAGUCGGAUGGGGACGGGAGCCCGAGGCCGCGCGGCGCGCGGGCCGGGAGGUUCCAUCAGAUGGUGGAGGCGGUGGCGGCGGAGGGCGCGGGGCAGGACGCGCUCGUGGCGGCGCUGACGGAGCUCUGCAAGGAGCUCUCGUUCUGCGCCGAGGACGCGGGGGGCUACUUCCCCACGGAGGCGGCCGCGCGGGCGCUGGUGCGGCGGGCCGGCGGUGGCGCCGACGGCGAUGGUGCGGAGGCUGCCCCCGACGUGGUUCUGCUCUCCGUGCGCGCCAUCACGUACCUCUGCGAUGCCAUGCCGCGCGCCGCAGACUCUGUCGUCCGCCACGGCCUCCUCCCCUUGCUCUGCUCUCGGCUCCUUGCCAUCGAGUACCUUGAUGUCGCUGAGCAGUGCUUGCAAGCAUUUGAGAAGAUAUCACGGCGGCAGCCUACCCAGUGCUUGCAGGCAGGCAUGAUCACCGCUGUGCUGACAUACAUUGACUUCUUCACUGCAAGUAUUCAGAGGGUUGCAGUGUCAGCUGUCGCAAAUGCCUGCAAAAAGGUCCCUGCAGAUUGCUCCCAUUUUGUUGUGGAUUCAGUCCCAACACUGUGUAAUCUUCUGCAAUCCGAGGACAAGAUGGUAGUGGAGAAGGUUGCAGCUUGCUUGAUAAGCAUCGUGGACUCUUUUAGCAGUUCAAUUGAUCUUCUUGACCAGCUCUGUCACCAGGGCAUCAUAGAGAAGGUCCUACCUUUGAUCCACACUGGUGGACUCACGGCCCUUAGCCCAUCGACUUGCAGCAACCUGAUUGGGCUUCUUGCCAAGCUAGCCUGUUCGUCACUUGUGGCAGUGAAGUCUCUCUUUGAGCUGAAUGUUGGGAGCACAAUAAAGGGGAUUUUGGUCACUUCAGACCUAUCUCAUGGCAUGCCAUACUUACCUUUGGAAAAACAAAACAAUCAGGUAUAUGAAGCUCUGAAACUAGCAAACCAGUUGAUUCCUUCUGCUGCAAGAGACGUUGAAGACACCCAGAUCAUACUUGCGAAAGAAAAAAUUAUUACGGAUGAACCAAGGUUCCUGUGUCAGUUCUCUAGGGAUAUUCUUCCUGUCUUGAUCAAGGCGGUGAACUCUGGUGCCAAUUCGUACAUUUGCUAUGGCUGUGCUUCAAUAGUGAACAACAUUUGUUACUUCAGUAAACCAGAAACGCUUCAAGAGUUGCUCAAAGAAACGAACAUAUCAAGCUUCUUGGCUGGUUUAUUGUCUAGAAAGGAUCAUCAUGUCCUGACCUCAUCACUAAAGAUAAUCGAGAUUCUUAUGCAAAAGCUUCCUGAUGCUUACCUGGGAUCCUUUAUCAAGGAAGGUGUAGUUUAUGCAGUUGAGGCUCUUCUUACACAAGAGGAUUGCUCAAAAUCCACUCGUCUGCUUGAUGACAUGCAACAAUCAGGGACUCAACCUGUCAUAAGAAAUAAAUCUAAAUGUUUCUGCUAUGCAUUUGAUGCCCACAGAUCUGAAGCUGCUGAAACAAGGGCUUGUAGGAUUGGGAAUGACAGUCUUUUUACUUUUGCAAGGCAUGUGAAGUCAACCUACUUCACUAAGGAAGUAGUGAGUUCUGAGAUAGGGGUAACUGAGAUUUUGCAGAAACUCAAAACUUGCUGCGCAGUUUUAAACGAGACCGCAGACAAGUCAUCAGAACAAGAUAAUCUUCAAAAUGAAGAAUACUUAUCUACCAUUUUAAGUGAGGUGAUGAUGGAGCUUCAUGGGGGAGAAACAAUGACAACCUUUGAAUUCCUUGAGAGCGGAUUAGUCAAAUCUUUAUCAAAUUACCUCUCGAAUGGCAAGUACCUCCAGGCGGAGGAAAAUAUGAGUUGCAGCUCUGACCAUUUUUUGGCUGUGGUGAAAAGAUUUCAAUCAUUUGCUCGGAUGUCAUUCUCAAGAAUGGGCCAAAAUUGGAGUGAUAUGCUCUUGACACUGUUAGUAAGGAAGCUACAGAAUGCUCUUACUUCUCUUGACAACUUUCCAGUGAUAAUGAGCCACAAUUUCAAGCCAAGGAGCAAUAUUUCUGAUAUCCCUACGAGGCACUCAACAAUUAUUCCAUGUAUCCGAGUACGAUUCAAGAAAGAUGAAGAUGAAACUAACUUGUCAAGCUAUGAUAGUAUUGUGAAUGUGGAAAUAUUAUCAUCCUUGCAUACUAUUGAGGAAUUUUUAUGGCCCAAAGUUAGUACAGAUAUGAACAGUCAGAAGGUUGAAUCACCACCUAGUGGCACUGCUUUGGAAAGCAAAUAUGCUAGUGAUGACUCUCAGGAACGAGAUUCCACACCACAAUCAUCUCCUCCAUCAGAGGGCCUGAUGACUUGCGGAAAUCAAAAUCCAGCUGUAGAACCAUGCCCAAAGGAAGGAACUUCAUCUUCUGGUCAAGCAGAUAAAAGCACAACAAUUGUGAGCGAUCACGCCUUACAACCAAAAUUGGUAUUUAGCUUAAAAGGGAAAGAGCUUGACCGAUCUGUUACUCUGUAUCAAUCAGUCUUGCAGGAUCAGAUCAAUGCAGGGUCUGACAUAAUUCUGGACAUGCAGUUUUGGCGCAAUGUACAUGACAUAAUUUUCAGAACAGCUGCUAACCCAGAGGCUAAUAGAACAGCCAUUAACCCAGAGGCAGAUUCUCUUAAAGGGACUACUGCAAUAUCUUCAGAAAAUGACAGCACAACUGGGUUUAAAUGGCAGAUGCUCCCAUUUUUUUCUAGUAUGUUGCUUGGUAAACUUCCUUGCAAACUUGACAGGUCAAAUCCAUUAUAUGACAUAUUGUUUAUGUUACACAUUUUAGAGGGAUUAAACCGGUAUUCCUUCCACCUCGUCUCUGAUGAGAGAACCCAUUCUUUUGCCCAUGGAAAGAUAACUAACCUUGAUGAUCUGAAGGCAGUAGUUUUCUCGAUUCCUCAUCAGGAGUUUGUCAGUGCCAAACUGACAGAUAAACUGGAGCAACAAAUGCAUGAUCCAUUGGUUUCUAGGUCUAGCUGCCUGCCUUUAUGGUGCACUGAACUGAUGUCUGCAUGCCCUUUCUUGUUUUCGUUUGAGGCAAGAUGGAAGUAUUUCCAACUAACAGCAUUUGGCUCUUUGAAAAACCAUCAUGGACAUAUUAUGGAUGCAAUUGUUAAUACUGUGACAGAAAGGGGACCUUCCCACUCGCGUAAAAAGUUCAAAGUUGAUCGCGAUAAUAUACUGGUCUCAGCUGCUAAAAUGAUGAAGUCGUAUGCUAAGAGCAAUGCUCUACUUGAAGUAGAAUAUAAAGAGGAAGUGGGUACUGGUUUAGGUCCUACAAUGGAAUUCUAUACAUUGAUAAGUCAUGAAUUUCAGAAGUCCGGUCUAGGCAUGUGGAGAGGGGAGCUUCCUUGUGAAGCUGGUACUGAUGAUGCUCAUGUUUCUAGAUUCGUGGUUGCGCCUAAAGGACUGUUUCCUAGACCUUGGUCUACUUCCGCAGACUGUGCUUCCUUUCAAGAAGUAAGCAAACAAUUCCACCUACUUGGUCAGGUUGUUGCAAAAGCAAUUAAAGAUGGCAGAAUUCUCGACAUUCCAUUUUCUAAAGCAUUCUACAAGCUUAUCCUUGGACAGGAGCUUAAUAUAUAUGAUAUCCAGUUAUUUGAUUCUGAACUGGCAAUAUCCCUUAUGGAGUUUCAAGCGAUUGCUUGUCGGAGAAAAUAUGCAGAGUCAAAUUUGACAAGGGACUGCCAGAUUAUGUCUGAUUUGACUUAUCGAGGUUGUAGAAUAGAGGAUCUUGCUAUUGAUUUUGCUCUCCCAGGAUAUCCAGACUAUAUGCUCUCAUCAGGAAGCAGCUCUGAUAGUUUGAACGUUGAGAAUUUGGAAGAAUAUGUUCAUCAUGUUGUCGAGGCAACAGUUAAAAGUGGCAUUGCAAGGCAGAUGGAAGCUUUUAAGUCAGGAUUUAAUGAGGUAUUUCCACUAAACAAACUCGAGGUUUUCUCAGAGGAUGAGCUAGAGCGAUUACUCUGUGGUGAACAAGAUACUUGGGAUUUUGGGAAACUUGUGGAUCACAUCAAAUUUGAUCAUGGUUACACUUCCAGCAGCCCUCCUGUCAUUAAUUUGCUGGAAAUCGUCCAAGAGUUUGGAUCCCAUCAACGCAGAGCUUUCUUGCAAUUUAUAACAGGUUCACCUCGGCUUCCCCCAGGUGGCUUGGCCGCACUAAAUCCGAAGUUCACGGUUGUCCGAAAGCAUAACAGCAAUGAUGCUGACAAUGACCUGCCGAGCGUGAUGACCUGUGCCAACUAUCUUAAGUUACCUCCAUACUCUUCAAAGGAAAAGAUGAGGGAGAAACUCAUCUACGCGAUCACGGAAGGCCAGGGUUCCUUCCACCUAUCCUAACGGAUAAGCCACAACAAUAUGCCACACGCAUUGUAAGUAUCACGUAGGAAUGGAAAGCACGGUGUAAAUCAGGGUGGUUCACUGCUCUUUUAGCUGACACGAUGAUAUGGUGGAGCUGAUUUUAGGAGGAAAAAAAAAAACUACCCUGCUCUGUACAUACUAGGUUUUAGGUGUGUUAAGCAGACAAGUAGUGUGUGUGUGUGUUGGUCGCACAUGGCGACCAUCAGCUUAGUUCGCUACAGAUUUACGUUUGGUGUACAUAUGCGUGCCUGAUACAAAGUGCCUGUGUUAUCUAUGAAAACAACACUGUUCAUUGAUGCUCGCCUUCUGAAGCCUCAUUGCGCCUCCUAAAGCGUCUCCUGAAGCCUGAUUGUGCCUUCUAAAGUGUGGUUGCGUGACCUUUAGCAAAACAUAUAUGUGAAUUAAUCGUGGAUUUCAUAUGAACAAUCUGAUCCGAGCGUAAUGGAUCUAUGCCUUAUAAACAGGGCCGAACUUUUUUU